CUGAUGAAGAACACACAUUGGCUUUUUGUUUUCGGACUGAUCACUACUGCUUUCCUACCAGGAGGCUGGGAAAUGGUCCUGAAAGACUCUACAGAUGAGGCUAGGUGGCAAUCAUAUGAAACAGAGAGCGCCCACAGUUUUACUUCCAAAGUCAAGCGACACUCUGAAGGUACCUUUACCAGUGAUUUUACCAGACAUUUGGACAACAUGAAGGCCAAGGAUUUUGUGCACUGGCUCAUCAAUACCAAACGUUACAGCUCUACAAAACGGUUUGUUAAAGAAAAACCUGACAUCCUAAGGGACCCAUCUGGCCUUUUCUGGUUCAGGUAA